AUGGCCGACCCCCUCCUCACCAGCCUCUGCGCAAUCUGCCACACCGAACCCCCCCGAUACAAGUGCCCGCGCUGCACGAUCCGCACCUGCUCCCUCGCCUGCACGAAGCGCCACAAGGCGUGGUCCUCGUGCAACGGCAUCCGCGAUGCGACGGCCUAUGUGCCGCCCUCAAAGCUCAAGACCGCUGCCGGCGUCGACCACGACUUCAACUUCCUCUCGGGCAUCGAGCGCGCCGUGCAGCGCUCCGAAAAGCAGAUCGUCGAGGAGAGGCAGCUUCUGCGCCCGGAGGAACUGAGGCCCAUCGAGGUCCGCAGCGUCCAGUGGAAGACGGGCCGGGACGGCCGCAAGAAAAGAGUCCUCGUGACAGAAGUGCUGAAGGGAGACGCCGGCGGCGCGAGGCAAGACGCGCUCACGUCGAUGCCGUUCAAGAAGAGGUUGGGCCGCUUCGGCAUCCUGCUGAGGCGCGCGCCGGUGGGCAUGGCGAGACAGAGGGAGAACAGCACGAACUUUAGCAAGGCUUCGGGCAGGAUCAACUGGCAGGUCGAGUGGCUGCUUGUCCCGUCCGAGCCCGAGACACCGGAGCGGCAGAAAGGAGAGGACGAGGCUAAGAGGCAAACCAAGAGAAUACUGGCCAAGGCGUUUGACGACAUGCCGUUGUACAAGGCCUUCGCCGCGGCCCAAAGGUUCUUCCACGACGAGCAGGCAAGGAAGGAACACCAGCGCCAGCAGCGUGACGACGACGGCGACGACGAAGAAGAAGAAGAAGAAGCGCAGGACGGAGCCCACGUCAACACGGGCCGCUCGAAGAAGCGCCGCAAACACCAGCAUAAGCCGGGCCAGUCCCUCGCCACGGCCCAGGACACGGAGACGGGCGCCUGGCACCCGGGCCGCUUCUGUAUGCAGACCGCCGCGCGCGGCGCGUGGACACCCCACACCGGCGUGGCCCCCUACACUGGCACGACAAAAGAGGAGGAGGCACAGAAGGGCCGGUACGCCUUCUACCUCGCGGGCACGACGUCCGCGGCGACGUCUGCGGCGGGCCGGACCGUCGUGCACGCAGUCGACGCCGCGGCGCCCCUGGGCGACGCGCUGCGUGACAUGACGGUCCUCGAGUUUCCCACACUCUACGUCGUCGAGGCCGGCGCUGCGCUGCCCAGCUCCCUCCUGGAGGAAGCGAAACCGGUGCGGCUCGUGCCGCAGAAGCGGAAGCCCGAGACCCAGAUGCCGGGCAAGAAGGGCGGCGCCAAGGGGGGCAAGAGGGCGCGCCGCCACCUCGAAGACGGCGAGCUGCCGAGCGACGGGGAGGAGAGCGAUGUGCCCGACGGGGACGUCGAUAGGUUCGCCGCCGCCGUCGAGCAGAUCAUCGCCGAGGAAAGCCUGGGCGAGGAGGAGGAUGACGACAGCACGACGAGCAGCUCCGGGUCCGACUCGGAGAGUGAUGAAGACGUCCAGGCAAGCCUCGCUGCCAAGUUGGCGCUCCUCAAAGGGCAGCAGGCGUGA